AAUAUAUGGAGAAGAAAACUUGCCUGAGAAGCACCUUCUCACCAACCUUUCAAAAAGGAAAUUAGUCCUGAAAUAAUAUAUCAUUUUGUCUUAGGAAAUAAAAUCAGAUUUUACAACAACAUCAGAAAACAAAAAUGGAUGUGGCCAAGAAAUGUUGUUGGUCUUUUGGUUGUUUUUAACUGAUGUUGAAAUUAAAACAAAUGCAGCCACAUCAUUUUUGGAACAAUUGUUGCUCUCUAGCACAAGGGCAAACAUAUUACUAAACACUUGGAGCCUGCUGAAGACGUUAUGUAAGAAAAUUAGAUAUCUACAAGCCAGCUAAAGCAUGAAAAGGAAAACAGACAACCUAAGAGAAAUUGAAUGAUUUUGAAUGCUUAAAAGAUUUCAGAAGUUUUGGAAAGGAUCUUACUUUUUACAUCUCUGUGAUUGCAUAUCAAGGAAUCCUGGCAGCACAGUGGUUAAAGUGCUUGGCUGCUAACCAAAAGAUUGGCAGUUUGACCUCACCAGCUGCCUGCAGGAGGAAGUUGAGGCAGUGUGCUUCCAUAAAGAGUCCAGCCUUGGAAACCUUAUGGGGCGAUUCUGCCCUGUCCUAUAUGGUUGCUAUGAGUUGGGAUCAACUCCACGGCAAUGGAUUUUUGAGAUUGCACGUCAAUGUAUAACCCAGAUAGUUUAUUUCUUAAAUUGGUUGUUGGUUAGCAUUCUUUAUUUGAAUCUACGUGAGUCACCUAGUUUAUCUUAAGUGUAGCAAUACAAUGGUAAAUUUUAAAAUGUAUAUUGAGUCGGAAUCGACUUGAUGGCACUGGGUUAGGUAGACAUAUUGCUUGAUAAAUUCAAGUUUAACCAAAGGAACUAGACCUCAGACUCUCUAGAGAAGUGAUUUAUUAAUCCACUCAGCACUUACUGAGCAUCUGCUCUUUGUAAGGGCUUUAGGAAAGAUGUAGUUCUUGUCCUGGAAAGCUUACAUUCCAGUCCAAGCCAAACCCAAACCCGUUGCCGUAGAGUCAAUUCUGACCCACAGCAACCCUGUAGGACAGAGUGGAACUGCCCCAUAGGGUUUCCAAGGAGCAGCUGGUGGAUUUGAACUGGCAACCUUUUGGUUAGCAACAGAGCUCUUUACCACUUAGCCACCGGGGCGCCUAUAUUCCAAUAGGGAAAUAAUACAUAGAGUCAAAUAAUAAUAAAAUUCUGGCAGGGGGGAGGUAGAUAUUAUAAGAGAUGCUGAGAGCUAGCAGAGUUAAAAGAGAUAGAUUUCUUCCAACUGGUCUAGGCCUUAAGUAGGGGUUGAAUUUUGCCAGGAGAAAAUGGACUGGGAAAAUAUUUCAGACAGAGGGAACAGCAUGAGCAAAUGUUUGGAGAAGAAAAGUUCAGAGCAUAUUUGAAAAUAGUGACCAGGUAUGUCUUGAGUGGUUUCCUUAAGGGGUAUAAGCAGCUGAACUGGAGAGGUAAAUUGGGGUUAAUCUUUGGAGAGUCUUAAGUGUCAUACUAAAAGGAUUAAGAAUCAUUUAAGAGGUGUUGUAGUUGUUAGCUGCCAUCAAAUUGGGCCCCCAACUUAGGGCAACCCAGUGCACAACAGAACAAAACAGUACCCAAUCCUAUGCCUCCUCAUGACCAGUUGGAGAUCGGACCCGUGUGAUCCACAGGGCUUGUAUUAGCUGGUUUACGGAAGGAGAUUGCCAGACCCCUUUUCCUGGUCCUUCUCUGUCCGGAAGCUCUGUUCAGCAUUACAGCAACACAUAAGCCUCCACUGACAGACAUGUGGUGGCUGCGCUUGAGGUUCUUUGGCCAGGGAUCAAACCCAGGUCUGCCACGUGAAAGGCGGGAAUUGUACCACUGAAACUCCACUGCCCUCUGUUUAAGAGGUAGUUGGAAGCUACUGAAGUUUUUGAGCAGAGGAUUGAGUGACCAGAUCACGAUCACAGCAGGAAAUUCAGUCCAAUAGUGAAACGUAUGCAUUGGGAAUAGGGUAAAUGGAGGCAGAAAGAUCAUUUUGAAGAUUAUUAUAGUAGCACAGAUGACUAUGGUCGACUGAUUAAAGAGACAUGGCUGGGCAAUCAGCAGAUUUGGUUAGGGGAAGGAGAGAGGAAGGAGUAAAAGAUGACUCAUGUUUUGAAUCUGAUUCAUAAAGAGAAUAAUAACAUCAUUAACAAAAGGAGCCAGGAGGAGGAGAAUGGCAUUAGGUUUUCAGCAUGUCAACAUGUUGAUUAAGAUGGUAAUACUAAUAAUUAUUGAGCAAUUAUUACAGUAAAACCUGUGAAAGCCAGAACCUGUGUAAGGCAGAAACCUGUCAGGGAAAACGUCAAAACAUUUUCCACUAAAACAAGCGAUAGAAAAGUGGUAAGACUGUACCCUGUCAAAGACAGAAAACUUGUGAGACCCAGAAAACAAGGCAGUCCUGUUGAGUUCCGGUUCUCACAGCUUUCACUGUAUGUGUUUGAUCUCAUUUAUUCCUCAGAGCAACCUCAGAGCUUUUAAACCACUGCCCAAGUUUCAAUAGCCCAUCAGUGGUGGAGUCAGGAUCCAGUACCCAGGGGUGUAAUUCCAGAGCCCAAUUUAUUAAGCCCUAAUAGAAAGCUUGUGUUUAAUGGGGUUGGAAGGGAGGGGCGGUGGAGUAGGAGACGAGGAGAGACAAAUGGAAUAAGAGGAGGAUGAGCAAUCAGGGGUUUGGAGGAUUCACAAGCAAGAUAACAGAGAGCCAAAGACUUUUCAGAAAAUUGAAGGUAGGUGUUUCAGAAAAGUUAGAGUAGGAGGGGAUCUAAGAAAAAGCAUUUAGAUUUGACAGCCAAAAGAGCACUGAUGAUCUCAAAAAGCAGUUUUAGAAGAGUAAUGAGGUCAAAAGUCUGUUGGCAUAGGGUGGAGGAGUAAGUAACAUUCAGGCAGCUGAAGUAGCCUUUGGGGAAGUUUGUCAGUGGAAGGAGGAGGGAAAUAGCUCUGCAGUGCCAGAGGGUAGGACUGUCUUGAAGGUAGAAAAAGUAGGUAGAAAGGCAGAGAUUUAAGAUAUAGGGGAGAUCAGACUUUUUCUAGAAGAAGCAGGAAAUGAUGCGAUCAAAUACAUAGACGAGAGACUUGAGUCCUGCCAGUGAGGACACUUGCCCCUAGACAAGAAAGAAGUCAAAAAGAUUGAGGUGCGAUUGAAGGUUGGGGGAUUUAAGUAGCACAAUAAAGACUAAAAGGCCUGGCUCACAUUUGAUGAUGUUGACUUUCUGGAUAAAUGAGGAUGUGAAGUAAUUAGUGACUGUGAGAGGUUCAGGUUUGUGGCAUGGGAGAAGAUUUUCAACAGUUGCUGAGGGUAUUCUGUGAAAAGUCAAAGAUAACAAAAAAUGUUGCUACACAGUAUUGCAAUUCAGGCACAAAUUUUUAGUGUAACUAGUUGUCAGGGUUAUAUGACAAUCUUUUGCAAUAUUUAGCAGCCUGGCAGUAGGGAAACCAACUGAUGCUAGUGAACCCAUUUUAGAAAUAACUAAUUGCUGAGGAAAGCCAGGAAUCUGCCUUUCAAAGCUGCAUUGCAGGUUUGGGUGCGGGUUAUCAUCUGCAGGCAUUGAAAAAGAGUGGAGGCUAAAUAGGGAACUAAGUGAAAAGGUGGAGGAAUUGGGGAGGCGGAAGUAUUAGCGGUUACGACUGAUACAUAUUAGCAGGUUUAGUGAGGAGGAAAUGUAGUAGAAGAAGAGAAUAUCAGAUUUUGAGAAGUUGAGAGUUGGCAGAGUUAUGAAAUGGUGCUCCUGACUACCUGACUGAGGUAUUGAUGCAAGGAUGUUAGAAACAGAAAUCAUAAAGGUCUUCAAAUGGCCAAGGGCUCUGGCAGUGAGUGGAGUAGAGAGAAAGAACUGUAAUCCAGGUAUAGAUUUAUAAAAGAUUGCUAGGUAAUGUCCAGAAAAUAGAUCAAAAAAGGAUAGUUUGUUAUAAAUAAAUAAUAGAAACUUGAAAAGGCAUGAAAUUAUUGAGUUAUAGUGGUAGGUGAUUUUUAAAAAGUAACCAUUAAUAUUGUAAGUAUGUAAUAUGGUAUGUUAGAGGAAUGUUGAUGGGAAGACUUAAUUUAUCAAGAAAUAUAUAUGAAAUCAGAUGUUAAAAUUUGACUGUUCCUAUUCACCUGCAUUGUACCUCUAUUAUUUAUUGAAUAUAAAUUAUAGUUCAAUUUAAUGUAUGUUUUGUAAUACUGGGUCCUUAAUUGUUGAUCAUUUUCUUUUAUGUCUACUUUAGCCAUAUAGUAUCGACAUGUUCACAAAAUUCAGAAAAGAGAAAACAUUUCUGUUAAUGGAAUCUUAGCUAUUUUUAAAAACAGUUGUAUCUUAGAAUAAUUUUUUUUAAUUUAUAUAAAAUAGAAUCAGCACUAUGAUGUAUAGCAAAGAGUUUCAGGAAUAGGUAUGAGAAGACCUGAGUCCAGUUUCUGUUCUGCCACUAACUUUCCGUGUGAAUUUGAACAAAUUACUUAAUUUUUCUAGUAUCAUGUUUACUCAUCACUAAAGUAGAUAUGUUACAAUAUAUAAUUAUAAUAUAGUAUACAAUCUAUGGAUUGCUAUUAUAAGUAAUCUAAUAGUUAUGUGCUAAGCAAGAUGUAAAGGCAUUUUGAAAAACAAAAGGCUUAGGCAAAUAUGUAGAACUAAGUUAUUGCUACUGGAGAAUCAAAUUAGGGUUUCUAAAUCUAGAAUUAAAGAAAAAAUAUACUAACAGGUUCAAUUUAAAUAAGUUUUUUAACUUAGAUCAGCUGUUGAUUUAAAAGGCUGAUUUUAGUUAUCGAUAUUCUAUCAUAUUAAGUUUCAGGAUGACUAAUCCUUUUUCAAAAAUAUGACAGGAUUUAGUCAAGUGAUAAAAAAAAAUUUAUUAGCAGAUAUAACAAAGGAAAGUAGGCCUCUCACAGUGGGACUUGGUAUUCUAAAUUCAGAAUUGAGUGGUCUGUAAAAACUUUGGGGAAAAAACACAGGGAGGAACCUAAAAGCCUUCACUGUUGCUGGACGUCAUGGACUCUCUGGGUCUGUAUAAAUGCUCUGGGCUGUGUUGUAACUCUGUAACACUCCUAAUGUUUAAAAAAAAAAUCUUAUUUAAAUAUAUUUCUACUUAUUGUUCUUGCAGUAUAUGAAAUAUACGGAUUAGCAAUUAUGUUCCUAAAAAUAACACUUUAGUAUUCAAUCCUUAAGGAGAAACUGUAAGGGAAAGCUAAAUAAUUAACAGGCAUUUAGCCUUUAUGGAAAAAUUGAUUUGAUUUUAUUAUAAAAAUAAAUAAAUAAUAAGCUACAGAUUCUUUUGACCUCCUUGAAGGAAACUGACUAUGUAAAUAAACACACUGAAUUUAUAAGAAUGAAAUACAGAAAUAAUAAGUUAAAAUAACUUCUGUGCAAAUACCUGAACCUAUGCAAAUAGAUACUUGAAACCCUUAGGAACUUGAGCAGAGUCUUAGGGCACGUAUUCUCCCCAGAAACGGGAGCGACGUGCCUUGGGUGAUGUCACCAAUGACUAGGAACCACCGCAGUGUAAACAAACAUCAGCAGGAAAUAAAUGUGGGUAGGGCAAGGGUCAAGAAGCACGCCUUCCUUCUAGAAAAGUAUCGUGCCUUCCAAAGCUAGUGUGUGUGUUUUUGUUCUAAGAGAAGAAGGGGACGGAACUUAGUUCUUGCCUUGUGCCCCAGAAACCUUCAGUGUCAGAGGCACUGUCUUUCCUUGACAAACGGAUUUCCUUUGCUGGCAGUCUAAGCAGUGUUGAGAAGUAAGGGGCUCUUCACUCUUGCUGCUGUUAUUGGCUGUUUUUCCCAGACUGACAAGCCUGUCUGUGGAACUGCUUGGAGUGAAGUUUCGAGUUACCAGAACUAGGCAAGCCCACUGAGGAGCCGGAGCAGGAGGAGGAGGUGCGCCCGUAGCACUGCAGCAGCUGCUCCUCUGAUUGGCUGAGUUGUUCAGCUGCUUCCCUGGAACAAAAGGUCAAAGUGGACUGCAGUGUAAAUGUAGAGAGACAGCCAAUAAAAUAGCAUUGCUUGAAGAAGUUUGGAAGCUGAGAGCAGCAGUAUACUGGCUAACUGCAGGGCAAGUUGCUCCUCCGACUGUGAGGCGCAGCCUCCCACCCCAAGCCCGGUUCAGCCACUGUACGAAGGCAUUCGCUGUGCAGACAACCAAAUUUGUCGUGGAAGAGACAGUCGUGAAAUUCUCUUGUGUAUUUGCAUACAAGAAUGGCUUGUGAAAUCAUGCCUCUGCAAAGUUCAGAGGACGAUGAAAGACCUAUAUCACCAUUCUAUUUGAGUGCUCAUGUGUCACAAGUCAGCAGUGUUUCAACAACUGGAGAACUCUUAGAAAGAACCAUCCGGUCAGCUGUAGAACAGCAUCUCUUUGAUGUUAAUAGCUCAGGAGGUCAAAGUUCAGAGGACUCAGCACCUGGAACAUCAUCUGCACCUUCUACAGCAUCUAGCAGGCAGCGACGACGCCAGUCCAGGGAACAGGAGGAAAUUCGACGAGCUAGAGACAUGGGACUUGUCAACAAAGAAAAUAUUCCUUCUGGAUUCAAUGACCUUGAUGACUGUGUUUUGAAUGCUCAAGAAGUCGAGAAAUUACAUGAAAAUUGUUCUGGUUAUAGUGGUGAAAGGAGCAAACCUAAACGUCAGAAAUCCAGUACGAAACUUUCUGAGCUCAAUGAAAAUCAAGAUGGUCUUGUGAAUAUGGAAAGUCUCAAUUCCACACGAUCUCAUGAGAGGACUGGACCUGAUGAUAUUGAACUGAUGUCUGAUGAAAGCAAAGAACAUGAAAAAGAUGGGGGACAUGCCCAGCAUUCUGAGAGCUCCACAAUGAAGAUUCAGGAGCAUCCCAGCAUACCUGACGCCAAGCUGCAGAGGAAUCAAGACACUGAUGACCAGCAGGAGAGCUUUGUCUCCGAAGUGCCCCAGUUGGACCUGACUGCAUUGUGUGAUGAGAAGAGCUGGGAAGAACCCGUCCCUACUUUCUCCACAUGGCAGCGGGAGAGCGUAGACUCUGACGAAGCCCGCCUCUCCCCGCAGGCGGGGCGCCUGAUUCGUCAGCUUCUGGAUGAAGACAGCGACCCCAUGCUCUCUCCGCGGUUCUACGCUUAUGGGCAGAGUAGGCAGUACUUGGAUGACACAGAAGUGCCUCCGUCUCCACCAAAUGCCCAUUCUUUCAUGAGGCGACGGAGCUCCUCUCUGGGGUCCUACGAUGAUGAGCAAGAAGACCUGACACCUGCUCAGCUCACGCGGAGGAUUCAGAGCCUUAAAAAGAAGAUUAGAAAGUUUGAAGAAAGAUUUGAAGAAGAGAGGAAGUACAGACCUUCCCACAGUGACAAAGCAGCCAAUCCAGAGGUCCUGAAAUGGACAAAUGACCUUGCCAGAUUCCGGAAACAGCUUAAAGAGUCAAAACUGAAGAUAUCUGAAGAGGACCUUACCCCCAGGAUGCGGCAGCGGAGCAACACACUCCCCAAGAGUUUCGGUUCCCAGCUUGAGAAAGAUGAGGAGAAGAAGCAAGAACUGGUAGAAAAAGCAAUCAAGCCUAGUGUCGAAGCCACGCUGGAAUCCAUCCAGAGAAAGCUUCAGGAGAAGCGGGCAGAAACCAGCCGUCCAGAGGACAUUAAGGAUAUGACCAAAGACCAGAUUGCUAAUGAGAAAGUGGCUCUCCAGAAAGCGCUGUUGUAUUAUGAAAGCAUUCAUGGACGGCCGGUAACAAAGAAUGAACGUCAGGUGAUGAAGCCGCUAUAUGACCGGUACAGGCUGGUCAAACAGAUCCUGUCCCGAGUCAACACCAUACCCAUCAUUGGUUCCCCCUCCAGCAAGCGGAGAAGCCCUUUGCUGCAGCCAAUUAUCGAGGGCGAAACUGCUUCCUUCUUCAAGGAGAUAAAGGAAGAAGAGGAGGGCUCAGAAGACGAUACCAACACAAAGCCAGACUUCACAGUCACCCUGAAAACUGAUUUCAGUGCACGUUGCUUUCUGGACCAACUUGAAGAUGAUGCUGAUGGGUUUAUAUCCCCAAUGGAUGAUAUAAUGCCAUCAAAGUGCAGCCAGGACACAGGGCUUUCCAAUCUCCAUGCUGCUUCAAUACCUGAACUCUUAGAACACCUUCAGGAAAUGAGAGAAGAAAAGAAAAGAAUUAGAAAGAAACUUCGUGAUUUUGAAGACAACUUUUUCAGACAGAAUGGAAGAAAUGUCCAGAAGGAAGACCGCACUCCUAUGGCUGAAGAAUACAACGAAUACAAGCACAUAAAGGCAAAACUCAGGCUUUUGGAGGUGCUCAUCAGCAAGAGAGACACUGCUUCCAAAUCCAUGUAAGGAGGCAGCCCCAGCCCUGGCAAAGGUGGCCAAGCAGAUGCAGGGUGAAUUACCAGCUGCCUCCACUGGUAAAUAGCAGCUCUGUAGAAACUGGAAGGCAACCUUGGAGCUGGGAUUGGAGAGUACAAGGAAGGCUUUCCUGGACCUGCGAAGCAUGCUGCCCUUCUGCCUCCAUGCCACUGGGUCCAGCCCCUGUUUGCAUUGCCUGCCUGAGAGAGUGCCUAGAUGGGAAAAGGCAACUUGACCUGACUUAGGAAUUUUGUAAUGAGAAAAUCAAGAUUCCUGCAUGCACGCGCGCACACACACACACACAUGCAGACACACACACAACACUGUAGUGAAAGCUUUACUAACACUACCAGUGAUGAAUCACUACAUUUAGACACUUAUCUGCAGAGAAUAUACACUGUUCUUUCCCUGGAGAACUGGGAAACAUGAGACCAUUCUCUGUCUAACUGUGAUCAAAACAAGCUCAGGACUUCGUUUUGUACAGCGAACUUGCCGUGGAGGUUUGUAUUCUCCUUGGACCCAUUAAGUGUGGACCUGCAUUGGAGACCCCUGUUUGCUGCCUUGGCCAUUCUAGUAACCUUUACACACAGAGCUGCGCCUUUCCCACUGGUGUGAAUUUGCUGUUUUUCCUCUUCCGCUCUCAGUAGAUGGAAGCUGCAUCUGCCCAGAAUGCAAUGCAGUCAUUUAUUCGAUGGUGUGUUUAUUCAGGAUGCCCUCAGCUGACAAAAAACUUUGGUCCCUGACUAGAACUGGAUUAUCUGCAACAGACAGAGGGAUUAUAGUAACAGCUGUAUAAUGAUUGAUUUUAAAUCAGGAAACAGGGUGAAGAGCCUGGCAAAUUCUUUCCUUAACAUUGACUGCACUCAUCAGCCUCAGAUGUUUAAAAGACAUUUAACAUCAAACACUAAGCAAGGCCAACCUUUUUAGGGCCCGGUUUCAUUUUGACACUAGCCAAACAUAAACGGUCUUGCUUAAUUCUUAGCCUAAGUGUAGAGGAUCAUGGGAGAGAGGGAGCCUAAAUUCUCAGCCUCCUGAGUACUUACAGAACUUAAGAAAAAAAGCAACCCUGCACUAAAAAUCCCCAAACUGAAGGGCAAAUAAGUCCUCAGAGCUCAGCCCAAGGCAGUAAAAUCUAAAUUACACUAUAUUCAAGAUGAUGCUGAAUAUUCAUAAAGAGAAGAAAGAAUGGUAAAUGGCCAAUUAUGAUAAUUUUUUCAAAGACUGUACUACAAAGCUGUCUAUAUUAGACAUUUUGGGGCGGACCAGGGGAUUUAAGACACCAAAUCAUCUCUUCAGUGUGUUAGCAUUGCUUUGUGAUCUGUUGCUUCUUUUUAACCUUUUGUGUAUACGCUGAAGAAGCUGGGUUCUGGUCCAGCGUGUCCAUUCGGGGUCCCAGCGGAGGUGUCUACACGUGGUAGCCGUGUUUCAGCAGGUCCUGCCUUUUGAAGAUAAUGUUGCAGGAUGAGUGUGGAACAUCAGGGAUGCCCUCCUAUGUAUCUUGAGAGUUACCCUCGUUAAGUGUAUUUUUUUUCUUUUUUCCAAAUAAAAAGAAGAAAAGAGAAAGAAAACCUAAAACUGUACUGACGAGUUGUCAGUUUCAAAAUGGGUUCUUAAGAAACUCUGUGGUCAGGUUGGAUUUACAGCACCAUUUUCCAUUGCUGAAGUGAGGUGGCAGCUUUCCUCUGUUAGUUGAAAAUUGUUUAAGUCUAGGGGAAAAAGAAUGCCUUUAAGUUUGCAUUUGAACAUAAUCAUGUAGAAGCAUGAGCCCUGUGUUGGAAGUGCCCUGGUGUUAAUAAUGCACACGCUUAAAGACGGUACGUAAGCCCACACAUUUAAAUGUACAUGAAAAUAUAGUUUGGUAUUCUUUGCUCUACUGUUUACAUUGCAGAUCGUUAUAAUUUCAAGGAGUUAUAUUAUAAAUAAAAUGAUGCACUUUAGGACGUUUUCUAUUUUUGAAAUCUGAACGUGAAUCACACAUGACCAAAAAUUGUAUUUUUUAAGAAGAGAUACAUGUCUAGUCUUUCCUCUUGAAGUAAUUGUUAU